AUGGAAGUCAAGGAUCUCUCUGUUCAGCAUGAGGAGGCUGUUGGUCCAUCUCCAAUCGCCGACAAGAAAAUGCACACCACAGCCGACAAUGACCAUGAGCAUUCUCUGACUUUUCAAGAUGUCUGGAAGCAUCAUAAAGGACUGAUCGGCUGGUCAUUCUACUGGGCUUUUUGUGCUAUUGGCUGGGGCUUCGACUCUCAAAUCAACGGCGCCAUGAUCUCGGUCCCAUCCUUCCGGCGCGACUUUGGCUACAUCUUUGAUAACGAGCCGGUCUUGCCUGCCAAUUGGCAGACAGCCUUCAACGUCAUCAGCUCUGUGGGAGGGUUCUUCGGUGGCUUCAUCUGCAGCUGGCUAGCCGAUCGUGCGGGAAGGAAACUCGCCCUGCUAGCUGCCAUCCUCCUCUGCGCCGGUGGCUGUCUUGGAGAAGUCUUCUCCGUCUCUCGGGUCGCCUUCCUCAUAUCCAAGCUCAUUCUCGGAGUUGGUCUCGGAUUCUAUCUGACUCUCGGGCCACUAGUGUGCAGCGAGAUCGCCCCCGUUGCGAUACGUGGCCUGUCCACUGCAGGCAUCAACCUCGGCAUCGCUAUCGGCCAGCUUCUCUCAAACGCCGUCAUCAAGGCUUUUGGCUCGCGGACCGAUCGCUGGGCGUAUGCCGGCCCGUUCGCCGUCCAGAUGAUCUUCACCGUCAUUCUACUUUUCGGUUUGCCGUUCGCACCUGAAAGCCCAUGGUACCAUGCUCGCAAGAAUCAACCCGAAAAGGCGCUCAAAUCCCUUCAGCGGCUCUGGGGUGAGGACUUUGACGCACAGUCUAAGCUCAGCGCGCUGCAAACUACCAUCGAGGAGGAAUCGCUGCAGAAGAAGGCCAGCUUCGCAGACUGUUUCCGCGGCACCAAUCGUCUGCGCACGGGUGUCUCGGUGGGCGUCUUUGCGUGCCAGCAUUUUGUCGGCAUAAUUUUCGUCCUGGGCUACUCGACCUAUUUCUUCCAACUCGCAGGACUCGACGAGGCACACUCUUUCGAUCUCGGAGUUGGUGUUACGGCCUGCGGAGUCGCAGGGAACAUCACCAGCUGGUUUGUAGUGGAGCGCGUGGGUCGACGCCCACUCUUCGUCGGCGGCAUGGCGGUAUUGACACUCCUCCUCUUACUGAUUGGCAUCGUGGACGUUGUGCAGGCCUCCUGCACCGUUAUCUACGCGUUCGUCUACUUCCUCACCAUUGGCGCCAUCGCGUUCGUCCUACUAAGCGAAACCUCGAGUCCGACUCUACGUGCGCGCACCACUGCCUUGGCUACCGCGACUCAAGCUGUGUUUGGGAUUGCGAUGAACUUUGCUGUUCCGUAUAUGGUCAAUCCGGACGAGGGCAACUUGAAGGGCAAAGUGGGGUUUGUGUUUGGUGGGUUGGCUGCUGCUGCUACGCUGGGAAGCUAUCUCUACAUUCCUGAGUUGAAGGGCCGAACGUUCAUUGAGAUUGAUACCUUGUUCGCGAGAUGUGUUCCACCACGGAAGAUGGGUGUUACUGUGUUGGAAUGA